UGGAUUAAAAUUUCUGUCUACUGAUUAACGUUCCAUCUUCGUGGUGGUAAACGGAAGUGAAGUUUUUAAAUUUUAAAAAUUACUCAACGGGAGAGUAAUUAUCAAUUACUAUCAAAAUCUAUUAAUAUAAAAUCGUAAGGAUGAUAAGGCAGUCUAUUAGCAAACAUAAACUAUCUGGAUAUUCAUAUAUUCACGUACGCAAAUUAAUCAUGCGAAAAAUGCAAAAACGUGUAUAUGAUUUUGCGAAGGAUAAAUCGAUAUCCUUUUAAAGAAUUGGCUGCACGAACAUAAUAAUAUGCUUAAUGGAUGAAGGCUACAAAUGCUAAUUUAUCAUAAUAAUUCUAACGAAAAUCUUCAAGUUAGCUCAGGCUAAUCUUGCAAGUUUCACUCUCUCUCUCUAUUAAGCAACUCUGAAACUUUACUUGCCAAAAAAAAGUAAACAAUUCUCUUUGCGUGUUUGCAAGAAAAGGAGAAUGUUUACACCCAUUAAAAACUUUAUAACAUACAUACAAAAGAAUGCAAGUGGUAAUUCAAUAUUUGGAGGAAAUAGUACAACAGAAGAAGAAUCAACAAAAAUGGAAACAGAAAAUAUGAAAACCGAAAUAAAACAAGAAGAUAUUGCAACUACAUCAACAAUGCAGUCGUCAGAACAAGAAAUUCCAAAAGAAACAGAUAAAAAGGAAAUAGUUGACGAUAAAAAAUGUGAAGAAGAAAAACAAAUAAAAAUGGAGGAACCUAAAGAUACUAGCUUAGAGGCGACCAGUAUGUCUGAAAGUAAAAAAACUACAACCACUUUUAUGAGCACAUCUACAAUAUCGGCAGAAAAUUCUUGUGAAUUUGAAGAUGAUGAUAUAGAGGCACAAAUCGAAAGUAGUUUUAUGUUGAAAAAACCAAUUAAAGUUUCAGCGACACGUGGUUCGGAAAUUUUGGAAGUUAAAAAGACAUCAAAUGCUAAUUGCAGUAUAGUUAUUAGUCAUGAUUAUAAUCGUGGUCAGGCCCUAAGUCCUAUUGAUGAUGAAUUAAAUGAUUUCCGAGAUGAUCCAACGGAAAUAUUGGGCGCAACAUCAUCGCCUUGUUCAAAUCAACAUGCCGAAGAGUUUUGUUCGGUGGGUAGUGAAGAUGAAGCAUUAGAAAGAGAUGGCGCCAUAACUCCAGAUGAGUUUGUAACCGAAGAAGAAGGUGAUGCGGAUGAUAAUGAAAGAGAAAAAGAACUAAAGUUUAUGGAUGGUGAAGAAACAGAUCUUGAGAUUGAAGAGGAUGACAGAGAUGUUGAAACCGAAAACGAACAAAGGGAUGUUAUCAAUAUUCACGAUGAUGAGGAGGAUGAAGAAGAGCCAUUCUUAGAUUUGGUCAAUUUCAAAAACAGCAAUGUAAUAGUUUUAGAUGAAGUGGACCUAAACACAUCUACGAAUUCUAUUGAUACAAACAACACAGCAGAUGAUCCCUUAGCUAUAGCAUGCGAAGAACAAGAAGCCUUUGCUGCCGAUAAAACAGCCGCAUUAGAGGAAUUAAAUUUACUCAAUACUUCACAAACAUCACAGGAUGAAGAUACAAGAACCACUACUGAAGAUGAUUUACAGUGGCUGAAGACGGAUUUAGAGGAUAAUCAACCAUCAUGUAGCAAUAAGGUAGCACUACUUAAAGAUAACACAUCAGAAGUUACGCCUGAAAAGGAAGAGCGUAAUGGUGAGGGUUCUGACUCUGGUUUAGGCAGUGAAACCUCAGCCUUACACACAACCGCCACAAGUAUUACCGAUACUAGCCAGUUGAAUAUGACCACAGUCACUCCAGCACAGACACCUACACAGACAAAAACAAAAGACAGUGAGAAAUUAUUGAGUUCAAAUAUUCUGCAACUAUCAAAAUCACCACCAAAAGAAGCCGCUAAACCCUUUAGAUCAAACUUAAAAAGACGUUUAGAAGUUGAUGAUGAUGGUUUAGGAUCCUUAACCGCGACCGCCUCUGCGCUUAGUGAUCAUAGUUCUUUAAAUGGCAGCAUACAAAAGAAACCAAAGCGUUCAAUAAAUUUCGAUACCGUACAAGUAUAUUACUUUCCCCGGCAGCAGGGCUUUAGUUGUGUGCCCUCAGCGGGCGGUUGUACUUUAGGUAUGGGAGCUAGGCAUGUUGCCUUUAAAACUUUAACACUAGCUGAGCAUGCAGCCGAACUAAGACGAGCACAUCGCAUGCAAUUGCAGGAAAUCAAUCCCAGAGGUUCUUCUAGUGAUGACAGUGAAGAGUCCGAAGAAGAUUAUCUUAGUGAAGGUAGUGGUUCCGAUUUGGACGGUGAGUCGAAUGGUUUCCUACAACCUGUUUCGCCUAAACAAAGGCGAGCUCUGUUAAAGGCAGCUGGUAUACGUAAAAUUGAUCCCAGUGAAAAGGCUGAUUGCCGCAAUAUACGCAACAGUCGUGAAGUUUGCGGUUGUACUUGUCGUGAUUUUUGUGACCCCGAAACUUGUGCUUGUUCUCAAUCUGGCAUUAAAUGUCAAGUUGAUCGUGAUAUGUUUCCUUGUGGCUGCUCCCGUGAUGCCUGUGGCAAUACAAUUGGACGAGUGGAAUUUAAUCCAACUCGUGUACGCACUCAUUAUAUACACACCUUAAUGCGUUUAGAAAUGGAAAAUCGUCAACAACAAAAUCCUUACUCUUCUGCCGUUGCCUCACCCAUGCAACCAACACCCUCCACGUAUUAUCAAAGUCAUUUGCAACCUCAAUCGAAUUACAGUUCGGGUUAUGCAUCACCGGCCUAUAACACUGCCUCCGAAUUACAUCAACAAACGGCUGCCAAUACGUACUAUCACUCACAAACCCCUUCCACAUCAAAUGGUCUGUAUGGCCAACAACCCACUUUGGAAAUGACGCAUAGUGGUAGUGCGGCGGUUGCAGCUACAACUACAUCGCAAUAUGGUAUUGAUAGUUUGGAUUCAAGUCUUUUUGGUGGCACAGCUAGCGCAUCUCCAUCAUAUGGAGAGCUAAUGCCGGUGUCUUCAUCAUAUCAUUAUGGAAAUGUACAAACACAAGCAUCAUCCUACAAUUCCUAUCAUAAUACACCCUACAUUAACGCCAACAAUUCCACAGCUUCACUUAACACACCCAAUACUUACAGUUCAUGUGCUGUUCCCUCUAUACCACCCUAUGGCACAGCUACAACUACCGAAGCUACUGGAGUUUAUCACAGUGUAAGUACAUUAACAAGCCUAGAGACAACCACAGCACCGAGUUGCAGUGUUAAUGGUACGAUAUCAUUAGAAAAUGAUGCAAGUUCCAAUUUUAUAAGUCUAUCCACACCACUGGCCAGUUCCUCAAGACUAUCGCAAAUUAAUGAUUUACUACAACACAAUCGAAAUGCAACCACGGCUCUAGUAGCCGUUUCACAAAACAUUGGGGCCACAGACAAUGAUUCAGCAGCAUCUGUAGCGUCUUCACUUAGACAAGUCAAUGGUGUAACAGAUAAUUUACCGACAAGCAGCUCGUCAGCGUGUUCAUCAAUUAAUACACCACCCAUAGAAGAUGCUCCUAAAAGUUGUCUGGCUUAUGAAGGGCUAGUGGCACCUUUAAAGCCAGCACCUAUAGUGGCUGUUAUUGAGAAAGACAUAUGCAGAGGAUCAGUUAAAACCACAUCACCAAUAGUAACUGACAUAAUUGAAGACACACCAACAUUACCCUUAAAAGAGGAAGAACAAUCUACAGCAGCAUCAUUAUCACAAACAACACCAGCAUCAUUAAAUACCGAAAUUUUGCCAGAAUCAUCUUUAUUGUGUAAUAAUGAACAUGAUAAUGAUACGCUGGCGGCGGUAAGUGCAAAAAUAGAACCAUCAACUAUUGAAGUGGCAGCUGGCAACUAAAAGACAGAUCAGUUGCUUAAGCAAAACAAACAAAUAGAACACAAUUAAAAAAAAGAUAAAUCAAGUAUUUAGUUAAGUUCCAAUUUUAAUUAUAUAUAUAAAUAUAGAUAAAUAAGCGUUUAAACCAUAUAUAUAAAAAAACAAUAACAAUUUAUAUAAAAUAGAAAGGUUGCUAAGUAAUUUAAGACGUAAGCAAAGAUUUAUCCACAACAAUGUUAAAUACAUUGUUUUUCGUAAGCUUUUACUUGCGAUUCAAAUUAAUUAGUAACCCCUCAGUUUCAGUAAAUCCUUCCCUCAGAACUCUUGCAUAAACGCAAAAAUAAUCAAAGCAAUUUGUAGUAUUUUUUAAUCACAUUUUUAAACAGAAACCACAAAAUGAAUAUAUCUCAUUUAUUCAUAACAUAAAAAGAAACACUAAAGAAGAACAAAGUUUAUUUUAACCCUGAGGCAAUAGUAUAAUUUUCUAGAGGAGUGAGAAAAGCUGAAUCCGAAACGCCUCAUGUUUUUAAGAUAUUAUGUGAUAAAGGAUAAGAUAAAGAUAAUCUAUUUGCAAACCUUUGUUUAAACCUAGUUUAAUACAUGAUUUCGGUUUUUUCUGUAAUACGAAACGUUACUUAUUGUCUUAGGGCGGGGUUUUCAGAUGAAGAUAAUCUACAUUCUUUGUUAAAACCUAGUUUAAUAUAUGUUUUGUGUUUUCAGUAAACAGUAACGUUACUUAGGGCAGGUUUUUCUGAUAAAGAUAAUCUUCAUUCUUUGGUUAAACCUGGU